AUGAAACAUGGGCAACCAGGAGACAGACAUGAUCAAUCCCAUUCAGGUCGAGGUGCCACGAUGAGCCAUCGCGCCACGAUCGGUGAUCGUGCUGACCCCGCAAUGGUCCGGCUGCUUGGGGCACUGCCAAGGCCGCCAACACGCGAGGGAAAGACCACUGGCACAUUCAAGGCGAACUCUGCAGGCGCACCGAGCGCAACAAAACCCACGGCCAGACCUGCGGGCUCCCCAGUCCUUGCCCCUCCGACCAUUCGGGGCGGCAGAGAAGACGACACUCCAGCUGUGCUGCCCGAAGGGGCUCAGCAAGCUCAGCAGGUCCUUUCAGCGGCAGAGAAGAAGAUACUUGCCAUGUUUCCAGAGGGUUUGCCGAUGGUGGACCCCAACAGGCCUAUGGAGUCACGACUUCACCUGGAGGCGCUGAAGGCUUCACACGUUGGAGCUCGGCCUCCGGCCACGGUGCACCACACUCCGACCCCGCUGGCGAAAGCUGAGAGCACCUCGCGUGGUGCCGCGCCGCGGCAGAAGCGGAGAGGGACGACCAGCGACACUGGUGAUGGUCUUCCCAAGACCAAGACCACGAGCGGGGCAAGUUUCCAGAAGCUGGAGAGUGCAUUGGGGCGCAAGGCGGCCACCUUCCUCUCCGCGGGCAGCGACCCACGGAAGGACCUGGUGCGGCAGCAGAGCUCGCGCUUCCAAAGCGCAGUGGAGGAGGAACGCGCAGCGAAGCGGAUGCGACGGCUGUGCGAACUGGAGCAACUGGACUUUGCACAGGAGCAGAUGGAGGAGUUAAAGAGCAUGAAGGUGAAAGCGUUCCGCUGCAAGAGCUGCUACAUCACCUUCGACCAAGGCUCCCGGCAGCGUCUGUGGUGCCAGGAACAAGGUCACGAGUUGAUCUCCGUGGAGGCCACCAAGACCCGUUGGGAGUGCCGCAGCUGCCGGGCCAGCGAGGAGGUCUUGGGCCGGCAGCUCCCCAAAGGUUGCGCACGCUGUGGCGCAGAUACCUGGAAGCAGGUGUCGUUGCGGAAGUUGCGCCGGCGCGCACCCAUGGAGCGAGAGCUGUUGCUGCCGCGAGGGGAGGAGCUUCCGUUCCUGAACUCCAUCCACAUCCCAGAGUUGCAGGGAGCACGGGCCUGGAAGCCCUCGAAAGAGGCCGCAGAUGAUUACGAGGGUCUAUGA